AUGCCUUCGCGAACCUUGCCGCCGGAGGCCCGUGCUUCCCAGAGGCCGGCUGCGAGCCAGGGUGGAACUUUGUUCGGAGCGGGGCGAGGCCUUGGGGAAGCCGAGGUGGAGAGGCUACGUGCUUUGGCGGGGCCGGCACCGAGGGCUGGUCAAGUGGAGCGCCGGGCAGCACAGGGCUCUGGGCUGCUGGAGGAUUUUCAUGCGGAAGCCGAACUUGGAGCCCUGCCGCCUCCGGAUGUUCAGGACCCUGGGGAGGAGGCACCUACUGCCACUACGACUUUGCAGGCGUUGCUGUUGGCGCAAAUGCGCCAAAAUGCGGUGCUUCUGGAGCGCCUAGCUUCUGGCAGCAAGUCGGGAGACGGUGUGCAGGACGUGCUCGCCGCCGGUGGGGGCAGCGCCAACGACAGCUCCGGAGGCAUAAAAGGACACCUGGCACGGGAAGCGUUCAUCAAGCAGGUGAGCGACUUGACUUCAGUGGCCAGCCGGGUGCAAGCCAAUGCGCUCCAGGAGCUGGGGCGCACUCAAGCCGAACCAGGCUUGAUGCGCGAGUACAUCGAGAAGAGGGUUCCUCUGCAGGACCAGCGGUUGUUGCAGACCUUUGCGGCGCUGACCGCGUUCGGCUGGGAGCAGGGCUUCCGAUCAGGGAACACAGAGCUGCAAGGUUUUGCGAGUCGCCUGCUCCUCUUCAUCGAACAGAGCGCCCUGGACGCUGGGAAAACUCAGCUGGGUUACCUCCUGAGCGGCUAUCCGGAUCCUUCUCCUUUGGGUUUUACGGCUCGCCGCGCCCCUGGCCUGAAGAGCUUCUCGCGGCUGACGCCGCCCCAAUGGAUGGCGGCGAACCUUGCCUACCUGAAGGACCUGGACUACGCCGAGACGAGGAUAGCUCAACUUGGAGCGGGCCGGCCGCCGAAGCCUCCGACGACAGACCCAGGCAACACCGCCACCGAGGAGGACGACAAGCCACCAAAACCGCCAAGGAGGCCACCACGCCGCCCCAAGAAUCCCGAUGCAACCACUUAG